CCAACAUGUUCGUCUCGUCUCGUUAACGAAAGUUAGAAUAGAUUUAGUCAUAGUUUUUAUUUGUUAAGAUCGUUUUUGUCACGUUUUAGUCAGAAAAGAGGGCGUUAACAAAACAUUUUCGUCGACGAAAUUAACACUGCUGCAUUGUUCAUACAUUAUUACCUUGCACAUUUUCUACUACCCUACAUGCCUUAGCUUUUAUUCGUUAAGCAGUUUCCUUUUCUAUUUUGCAACAUGCCCCAAAAUGAAUAGGAUUGCAGUAUUUCAGUGAAAGUGUCUUGAAGUCACCACCCUAAUUUAGGCAUUAGUAACAUUCAUGCUCCAGAAAAAUUAUUUUAAAUUCAUGCACAUUUACAUGUUACUGUCUCCUUUUACAGCAAUGGGAGGAGCAUUUUCUAGUGAGCCAUGGAGGGAAGUGACAAAAGGUUACCAGGACAAUCUGGAUUUUGUGAAAUCUUACAAACCUCGAAAGCCACAAGUCAAACGUCUCAGAAUUCUGGUUCAUGGACCAGUCGGGGCUGGAAAGUCCAGCUUCAUCAACUCUGUGGAAAGUGCUUUAAGACACAGAAUUGCUGUUCCAGCUCAAACGGAUGCAACGUCUGGAAGCAGCUUUACACAAGAAUACACGGCUCAUGAAAUCAGAAAAGACGAUCAAAGUUGUUACUCUUUUAUUUUCAAUGACAUAAUGGGCCUUGAGGAAAAGACCAACAAGGGAGUAAAAGUGGACGACCUGAAACUGGCCCUAAAGGGACACGUGUCAGACGGUUAUACGUUCAAUCCUGAAGUCCAGCUUAAGGCGAAUGACAAAUACUACAACUCAUCUCCCACUCUGGAGGACAGAGUUCACGUCCUGGUGUCUGUCGUUCCUGCUGGUUCAGUGUCUAUAUUAAGUGAUGGAGUUGUGAAGAAGAUGAGAGAAGUCAGAAUGGCAGCCAGUGAAAUGGGAAUUCCCCAACUGGCUAUUCUGACCAAAGUUGAUGAAGCGUUUCCUGAAGUGAAACAGAAUAUGGACAAAGUAUAUAAAAAUAGGAACUUGAAGGAACAGGUUGACAAAUUCAGCGUGUUGCUCGGCCUUUCUCCAAACUGCAUCUUUCUCGUGAGGAACUACCACGAAGAAAUCCACACCAAUGAAGACAUGAAUGCGCUGAUCCUGAGUGCAGUGAAACAGAUGAUCUGCUUUGGAGACGACUUUGUCAACAAGCAGUAGACCUUCAAACUGCUGAGACGAAUCUCACAGCAUGACAACACUGCUUUAAAUGCUUUCUAUUACAGAAUUGUGCAGGGUCAUUAGUCAUUUUUAUGAAAUCAUUUUCAAAUGUUCUUGAUGUGAAAUCACGUACAUAACUUAAGGUACAUAACAAACGUAUACUUACUUUGAUCCAGACAUGAUUUAUGAGAAGUAGUUUUGUUUAAAUUCACAAAGUGACCAUGUGUCUCAAACUGACACAAUAUCUGUAUAGGAACGUAGCUUUUCAGCAGCCAGGUUUGUUAUAUCCCACAAAAUCAACUACAUCAGCAUUAUAUCAUGUGUAGGUUUAUCACAGUUCAUGCUUUUUCUUUUUGAAAAUCAGUUUGAUGUAAAAAAAGAAGAAUCCUAAUUACUUUGGGAAUAAAUAAUCAGUUAAAAACCUGGAUUAUCAAUAAUAAUGAUAAUCAUAUGAGUAAAUAAUCACAGAUGUGAAGCUGCAAUAAACUAUAAAUAUGUUUGAUGCUGCUUUCGUCCCAAUGCCUUUUGCUAGUGGUACUUUCGUUUUUAAUUCCAACUGUUUUGCAAAAUUGCUUUGCUUUGUCAUUUCAUGAAAUGUAUUUUUCUCAAAUACCACUUAUAAAAAACUCUUUGCCCGUG